AUGGAAGAGCAGCACAACGGCGAUCCCAUCCGAGACGUCGACGCCACUUCCGAUCCGACAAGCUCCACCACCUUGUCAUCCUCAGAACUGACCCUCCGCUUCCCUCGCCCCCAAGGCAACAAGCACUUGGCCAGCUGGAUUUCUUCUAGCGAACCAGACAUCAUGGACCCUUCAAGUACGACCGAAGACGCUGGUGAGCUAGCUGAGUCCACCUACGAAUUUAUCAACACAGAUGACGAUAUCGAAAGUCAAGAUGACCGUGGCACUGAAGCUGAGGCUGAAUCCUUAAGCUCUUUUGAUUAUGCCCGACCUGACGACGUCCAUAGUCUAGACGGCAUCGAGCGUACAGAUGAUACGGCAAGCCGCUCCGAUAUGGAAUCGGACGACGAUGACGCUGCCGAGGACAGGUCUAGAGCCUCUUCCAUUCAAUAUGCCGAGGAGAGCCUUAUGAACCCUUCCUCUCGGGUGGCCACUCCUCCUUUGGAUGCUGAUGGUGCUGGGCAUGCCUCUUCCUACAGUAACAAGACCGCUCUGUUGCGCCAGCCCAUCGAGUUUGACGAGACGGAAAACCCCAUCUGUAUCAAACAGGUCUCAGUCAAGCACGUCACACACCACUUCCCAGAACCAAACCCUCGACAAGUCGCCUACGUUUCCGUUCGCCAGACCAUGGCUCCUUCAUGCUUGGAUACGAAUGGCCCUUUUCGAGUUGUGUAUGUAGGCAACCGUGGAGCCAAGGCCGAUAUCGAAGAAAAGAUCCUAUCAGCAUUGGCUGCCUCUGAAAGACGGAGAGCCACUGAAGAUGCCUCGCCCACAUCGUCCUCUGUUUCUCUUGAGGUCGAUCAUUGCACUGCAGCCACGGAAACUGUUCAUCAAAGAGAGCAGUUUCCGGGCGAGAUUGUUUAUUCCAUAACCAUAAAUCACGACCGCACCUUCCAGUCAGCAUUCGUUUCGAGUGGUUCACUUAACCAACCGUCGUGGAACCCCCCACACGUCGCUAUCUUUAACGUUACUGACAAUGACGAUGAAACUUCUCGUAAGACUCGUGAGGCGGCUUGGGAGUUUAUGCAACGGCACGCUGUGCCCUGCAUCUUCAUUUCCGACACGGAACUCUUCCAGAACCCAACGGAGAGCUGGAGCGACAUGAUUAACGAACAUGCCUUACACCGAUAUGUAGAGUUUACCGAUCAAGCUUGUCCUUCAGUGAGGCUGCCAAUAGGCCUUGAGACCUUCAAGGAAAUCGAUGAUCGUCAGAUGAACCGCAACUUGGCAUAUCUGACUGGCCUGUGCAAGACUGUUGAGGAAUACCAACCACAUAGGUGCUCGAACGUUUACGCACAGUCAAUGAAGGCGUUCCGUGAUGUCCAUCAGUUCACCGUUUCAACAUUGGAGGACGUCGACCUCUGGACUCUUGCUCAAACCUUUGGCCUUUCUAUAAUCGUUGCUACAGCUCUUGUACUCAGCAACUGGUACAUAGGAGGAUCAUCCGCAUUGGUGCCAGCCGGGACAACUGCUCUGUUUUCAUCUGCUCCUGUCGUAUCCACCGCUACGGCGUCCGUUUCGACUUCGACUAUCACGAUCAACUUGACCUCAACAACGACAAUCCGGGUGCCCCAGGCAAAAGCGUCUUCUAGCAACACUGCUGUAGCGCCAUUUGCGGAGCUCGCAGAUUUCAUUGCAGACAGAUUCCCCGAGUCUCAAAAGACUUACGUCUGCUCAGCAGAGAAGUACAGUCACAACGAAAUUCUUGUCAAAAUCCCCUCAGGCACAAAGAUCACGUGGCUUGCGAAAGACUCAAUCACCAUCGAUGUCCUCAAAGGCGACCAAGCUGUUAAGACUAAGUUCUCGUCGAUUGAUGAAGGCAUACUUAUUGAGAUCCCGAGGAAGGAAGCCCACGGUGUUCUUACUAUCGCCGUGAACACGACCAAAAAGCCCAAGGUCAACGAGACAUUUUUGAUUGACUUCGGCCAGACUGCUUUAGAGCAGUGUCUUGGCUACGGCAAGUCCAUCGCGCAUCAACUUGUCGACCUGGCCAACACUGCUGGUCAACAAGGAGCAGAGCAGAUCGCUUCCCUGGGAUCAUGGAAGACCUCCAUUACUGAAGACAUGAGAGAAGUAUCCGCCCGUCUCAGCAAAGACACUGAGAAGACCGUGAACUACAUCAAGAAUUGGUGGACGCCUGCCAAGCUGACUAAAGCUUUGCAAGAUGUACGGCAGUCCCGUCAAGCGCAAGAGACCAUGGAAUGGGCCGACAUGAAGCACAAGAGGGCUCAGAUCCAGUCAUGGCUCUUAUGGCUAAGACUUACACGGCAGACGGAAAAGCAUAAUACAUACCUGGAGAAGGCCCAGAAGUACCUGGCGAAUAAGAAGUUAGCCGCCGAGAAGGCUAAUAAGGAGCGUCUUGAUCGCGAGAGACUGGAACAAAGAGCUCGCCGAAAGAGGGAGCGCCUGGAGGCUAGAUGUCAGUCAGGUUUCUCUCGUUGGACACAGCAGUGCAAACAGCAAGGCUAG